AUGGCACAAACCGGACUUAGGAUUUUUCUGCUGAUAAGCUUACUACUGCUGGAUGAGACCAUCAGCCAGGCUUCCAAGUCCAGAGCCAGGAAGCACAGCAAACGCAGAGUGAAAGAAAAAGAUGACCUGAAGACCCAGAUUGACAAACUGUGGCGAGAAGUGAAUGCUCUGAAAGAAAUGCAAGCGCUUCAGACAGUGUGUCUGCGUGGGACAAAGGCCCGUAAGAAGUGCUACCUCGUAUCAGAAGGCACCAAACAUUUCCAUGAAGCCAAUGAGGACUGCAUAGCCAAGGGAGGGACAUUGGCUAUCCCCAGGGACAACGAGGAAACAAACAUCCUUCGAGAUUACGGCAAGAGAAGUGCGCCCAGAGCAUCCGAGUUCUGGCUGGGGGUGAAUGACAUGGCAAACGAAGGGAAAUUCGUUGAUGUCAAUGGUGUGGCUCUACAGUACUUCAACUGGGACCGUGCCCAGCCAAGCGGGGGGAAGCGAGAGAACUGUGUCUUUCUCUCUCUGUCAUCUCAAGGCAAGUGGGGGGACGAAGCCUGUCGUGCUGCCAAGAGAUACGUUUGUGAAUUUCUGAUCCCAUAA